AUGUUGGUUCACGUGGUGCUGCUGAGCGGUCGCGGGGCUCAUGUCAAUCUGGAGCCAAGCAUGUCGAUUCAAGACAUUCGGCGGAAAGCGGGUCAACAACUGGAGAUCCUCUUGGGACCUCUGGUCUCAGAUGGUGUGGUACUUGAAGACAGCCUGAGCGUGUCAGAGGCAAAGCUGGAAGAUGGAGAUGUGCUUAUGGCAGGUGCAUCUCGUGCUCUUUUGGUGUCCAACCGACAUUGCAAGGCCUUCGCAUUGAUUUUACAAGGGAAAGUUCUGACCUGGGGUUGGCCAACCUGUGGUGGAGAUAGCAGCAAAGUGCAACACCUUCUACAAGAUGUGCAAGACGUGCAAGGUUCCUCAAUGGGCUUCGCAGCUGUUGUUGGAAGCAAGGGCAGCCAGGUGGUCACCUGGGGUGAGAAGAUCUUCACCGCCAACCAGCCCUUAACGGAGCUCGGCGCCGCCAGCGGCGCCGCCCGCGUGCUGCGGCUCGCCGCCAGCCAGCGCGCCUUUGCGGCGCUCCUGGAGGACGGUCGAGUGGUGACUUGGGGAAGUACCCAGCACGGUGGGGACAGCUACCUGCCUCCAAGAUUGACCGACAUCUCUGACAUUGUUGCUGCCGAAGCAGCUUUCGCAGCCCUUCGCACUGACGGCACUGUAAUAGCUUGGGGCAAUCCCCACUUUGGUGGUAGCAUUGCGGGUGUGGAACAUCAGCUGCGUGGGAUCGAGAGGAUCGUGGCGUCUUCUGCGGCAUUUGCGGCCAUGGAUCGCAGCGGAAGGGUUGUGACUUGGGGAUAUCCAAUGCAUGGAGGCGAUAGCAGCUCAGUCACAAAGGACCUGCACGAUGUUCAGCACAUUGAAGCCACCUCCUACUCCUUUGCCGCACUUCGAUCGGACCAGCGUGUGAUUACAUGGGGUGAUGCUGCCUUUGGAGGCGACACGCAGCUGGAGCUGACCUCAGUGAAGGAUCUGCGCGCCACUCGCAGCGCCUUUUGCGCCUUGCGGCGGGAUGGCAGCGUGGUGGCUUGGGGCGCUGAAGAUGCAGGUGGUGAUUGCAGCCAUGUCCAAUAUGAGUUGUUCGAUGUGCAGCAAAUUCAAGGUACUGGCGCCGCAUUUGCUGCACAGCGAGCGGAUGGGCGAAUAAUUACUUGGGGGGAUGAAAUGGCGGGUGGAAACAGUGAGGACGUACGCGAGCAGCUGUACGACGUGGAGCAGUUGGGGGCCAUUGAAUCUGCUUUCGCAGCCAUCCGUUCCGAUGGUUCCUUGAUCACAUGGGGGGAUCCCCGACGUGGUGGUGACAGCCGCAGCGUGCAGCAGCAGCUCUCGGAACGACUGAAAAAAGGUGUGUGGAGCCGCGGCAAGUCAGGGAGGCAUUGGUGUCGACACAAACUUGCACAGUAUCCCCAGAGAGAAGCGAAUGCUGAGAUCCAAGAUGCGAUUGUUGCAGACCGCACCCCGAAGCUCCCGAGGUCCUUCAACGAUACCCACAAGGUCUACAGUCGCCUUGAAGCAAUGAAGGUGGCGAAGGAACAGGCUCAAAUGCGAGAGAGGGCCGCUGAGUACAUCAAAGAUGGCCGCGAGAUUCCGAAAGACAUGUGGCAGCUAUACAGAUCCAACAUUGGGAGAAAGCUGGACGCUCCCAUGCUUCCGGGUCAACGACGCAAGGACCGCGAGCCGGAUGUGGCGAGCGAGUCCACCCCUGCUCCACUGGCCUUUCCGAAACCAAAGGCGGUGCAGGGAGCGAUGCCUUCUCCGCCUACAGCCUCAGGGCCGCAGGUGAUGCCAUUGCGAACGCAAUGGCCGCCGCUUCCGGCAGCUUGUGCCCCUGGCCAGCCGCCACCGACCUGGGCAGUUCCAGCAGCUCCCAAUGCUCCCAAGGCAUGGCCUGAGACGCUGAGGCCAGAGACUGGCGAUGCUGCGUCACGGGAAGUCAUCCAUGAAAAAUGA